ACGAGUGAGCAAGUAAAACAAAGCAGAAAGAGCAAAGGCAGGUAUGAGAAACGAAGGUGGUGGCCUCUUCCUGUUUGCGUUACUGGCGGUUACCGCCGCCACCCUUGAGGCGGCCGGCGGUGGCGCUGCGAAGCCCAGCCACUACUCGGUUCCGUUCAACAGAACCCUUUUCCCUCGCGACUUUGUCUUCGGUGCUGGUUCAUCUUCUUAUCAGAAUGAAGGAGCAGUAAAUAUUGACGGAAGAGGACCGAGCAUAUGGGACACCUUCACCAAACAGCACCCAGAAAAGAUUGUGGAUCAUAGCACUGCCGACGUGACGGUCGAUUUCUAUCAUCACUACAAGACUGAUAUACAUCUAAUGAAAAAAAUUGGGCUGGACUCUUUUAGAUUCUCCAUCUCGUGGUCUAGAAUUUUCCCUGAGGGCACAGGAAAAGUGAAUGAAUUAGGUGUCAAAUUCUACAACAAUGUCAUAAAUGAACUCCUAGCAAAUGGAAUAAUGCCUUGUGUCACUCUCUUUCACUGGGAUCUUCCUCAAGCUCUUGAAGAUAAGUAUGGUGGAUUUCUCAGUCCCAAAAUAGUGGAUGAUUUUCGAGAGUACGCAGAUUUUUGUUUCAAAACGUUCGGAGAUAGGGUUAAGACAUGGGUUACUUUCAAUGAACCCUACGUAUUCGUAGUGAGCGGCUACAACGGAGGCACCAAGGCACCCGGCCGCUGUUCAAAUUACGUCGGAAACUGUACUGCCGGCAACUCUGCCACCGAGCCCUACCUUGCCUCCCACCAUCUCCUUCUUGCUCAUGCUGCUGCUUUUACACUAUACAAAACCAAAUAUCAGGCUACUCAAAAAGGAAAAAUUGGAAUCACAUUAGUGACGCAUUGGUUCAAGCCUAAAAUCAAAACUAUGGAUAAUCGUGUGGCUGCAAAUCGAGCUUUGGAAUUUUUUUUGGGAUGGCAUGCAGACCCCAUCGCAUAUGGAGAUUAUCCAAAGAGCAUGAGAAUUAGAGUGGGAGAUAGGCUCCCAAAAUUCUCAAAGGAAGAAUCAGAAAUGUUGAAAGGAUCUUAUGAUUUUCUUGGCAUGAAUUAUUAUACCACUAAUUUUGCAGAAAAUUCCCUCUCUGCUACCACUGUUAACCACAGCUUCACUUCUGAUAUGCAUGUCACUUUCUCAACCGCUAGAAAUGGAGUCUCUGUUGGUACCCCGACUGCUUUGAGCUGGCUCUAUGUCUGUCCCAGGGGAAUUUAUGAGCUUAUGAUCUAUAUGAAGCUCAAAUACCACAACCCACCAAUUUAUAUUCAUGAAAAUGGGGUUGCUCAAGCCAAUGAUGCAUCGAAAUCACUUAAAGAGGCCAUCAAGGACAGUAUAAGGAUUAGAUACCAUGACGGGCAUCUCAGAUAUCUUCUUCAAGCUGUAAAAGAAGGGGUGAAUGUGAAGGGAUAUUAUGCGUGGGCAUUCUCAGACAACUUUGAAUGGGAACAUGGUUACACAUUUCGAUUUGGAUUAACGUACGUGGAUUACAACAACAUGAAACGAUAUCUCAAGUAUUCUGCUUAUUGGCUCAAGAUGUUCCUCCUCCGUUAGCUAUCUUUGGUGUCCAAUAAUAAUUAUCUUGAUGCAUUAUGUAUGUGAGUCUUAAUUCCUUCAGUGUCACUGCCAUGUCUUGCUUGUUGUCCAUGUCUUAAAAAAAAACAAAGAAAGAACAUGCGCUUUCUUAAUGCUAAAUUCCAUAACCUUGUCGUC